AUGUAUCCAUAUGGGUCUUUGCAUGUAAACAACAGCUAUAACAUAUUCCUCGAAGCGUUUGGCAUCUGGAGUCAUGCUGCAGCGUCCUGCUGUAUUCUGGGAGGUGCGGAGGAGGACAUGCUGUGCAUCAUGGGUGAAAAAUCCCACACAUGCACAUUGAAGGAGGGAUCUAGAGAGCAGAAGAUCACAGAGACUCUUAAGAAACAACCUGGCAACCAUGGCAGUUGGCUCCAGAUCUCUGCUCGCUCUCAGGCUUAUCCCGCAGUCGCCAACAGGAGACUCGUGGCCCCUGGAGCUUUUGUUCAGUGGCAGGAGGAUUUUGAGGAACAGACCAAAGAGCGGAUCCUGGGAGACUGCGUGUUUACCGGGGAUGUAACGGACAUGCCGAGGGCCUCAGUGGCCAUCAGUAACUGUGAUGGACUGGCAGGCUUGAUUCGCACUGAUGAUGAAGAGUUCUUCAUCGAGCCGCUGCAGAAAGGCCAGCAGGAGGUGGAGGUCAAAGGUCGCGUCCAUGUGGUCUACCGAAGGUCGGCCAUCAAAAGGGACAAGGAUCAGAGGCGAGAUGACCUUCACAAUGAAGCUCCUCUGCUCGGCAUUGUGGGUGUCGUACCACCUGGAGACUGUUUUCUGGACAGCACAGAGCCUGCGGACAAUGCUUGCGUUGUUGCAUGUGUUGAGAGACGGCCUAGUUUCGUCCUGCGUCGGUGUGAUGCUGUGCACCAGCGAGAGAUGCUCAACACCUUCAGAGAACUGCUGCAUUGGCUGCGCAAUUUGACCAAAAUUAUAUCGGUUGAUGAAAUCUAUCACGAUGAGUCUCUGGGAACCAACAUCAACAUUGUGCUGGUCCGAAUGAUCCUGGUGGGAUAUCGUCAGCAGUGGUGUAAUAAGCCGGAGAAUGUGCAGGCGGUCGGUCUGCUGGAGCCUCAGGGCACUAAUCAUCCCGUCAGGACUUCAGAGGAGAGUGUUUGCAAAGAAGCUUUGAUGCAUCACUCAGUUCCUCAUAUGGAAAUUUCGCUGAAUCAUUUUCAAGAACCAGGCCUACCAAUUCAAGGUCCUCCCAUUCGGCCUGUCUCUGGCCCCUCGUGUCUUCACAAGGUGCAUGACUGCAACUCUACAUCCACUGUGGUCCAAAAGACUGCUUUUGGAGCAUGUGCAGAGACUAGGUCUUGCACUUGGUGCAAGCUUGCCAUACAAGAUGUUGUUACAACUCUUGUGGAUGCUGACCACCGCCGCUUCUGUGAUUCCGCUCGGCUUGCUCCACCUCAGGCCUCUCCAGCAGUGGAACAACAGUGUGCAGUGAACCCUGCCAGACAUCUUCAUCGGCUGAUUGUUGUCUCGCACAGUUGUAUCCAGGUGGCCACAACCGAUUCUUCCCUCUUCGGAUGGGGGGCAUCAUGGAAUCACAGGGGUGUUUGUGGCCAUUGGUCUCCAGCUUGGUCCAGGGACCCCAUCAAUUCGGUCCGACAACACCUCGACAGUGUUUCACCUGAACCAUCCAGGUGGAACAAAGUCCCUGCAUCUCACCCACAAGAUACUCUCUUGGUCUCUUCCUCGACUAGCAUCAUUGAGAGCAGUUCACCUCCCUGGAUCGAGCAAUCAGAUAGCAGAUGCUCUGUCAAGGGGGAAUGGAGGCUUCAUCAGGAUGUGGUGCAGAAGAUAUGGGAGCAGUUCGGCAAAGCAGAAGUAGAUCUUUUUGCGACAGUGACUGCUCGCCUCUGUUGCAAAAAGAUCUACUUCUGCUAUGAAGAGGCGAACAGUCACUUUUGCUUGUGGUUUGCAAGAACAGAGACAUCCAGCCCAUUGGGGCAGGUUGCACUGUCUCACGAGUGGCCAGACUAUCUGCUUUAUGCAUUUCCUCCUCUUCCACUUCUGUGGGAAACAUGGAAUAUCUCUGUGCAACCACAGAGUGUUACUUGUAGCACCUCGAUGACCAGCCAGGCUUCGGCUUCCCAUGCUUCUGUCGCUGUUGGUGGGCUUCUGCUUCGGAAGGAUCUGUUGUCACAGAUGGAAGGCGCUGUUUGGCAUCCGGAUCCAGCCCGUCCGCAGCUUUGGGUUUGGCCUCUGUCUCUUAACAGAUUGCUGGGAAUGGAGCAUGACGGUCAGGGGAACCGCUGCUCGGACGAGACCAGUAUGGGCAGCAUCAUGGCUCCGCUGGUCCAGGCCGCGUUUCACCGCUACCACUGGUCCCGCUGCAGCAAACAGGAGCUCAACCGAUACAUCCACUCGUACGACUGUCUUCUGGAUGAUCCCUUCGAGCUGAAAUGGCCCAAACUCACAGAGCUUCCUGGAAUAAAUUACUCCAUGGAUGAGCAGUGCCGCUUUGAUUUCGGUGUGGGGUAUAAGAUGUGCACUGCCUUCCGUACGUAUGACCCGUGUAAGCAGCUGUGGUGCAGCCAUCCUGACAAUCAGUACUUCUGUAAGACCAAGAAGGGCCCGCCGGUCGACGGGACGGAGUGUGCACCAGGAAAGUGGUGUUUUAAGGGCCACUGUAUCUGGAGGUCAUCCCAUCAGCCCUACGGUCACGACGGAGGCUGGAGUUCCUGGGGGAAGUUCGGCUCGUGCUCUCGUACCUGCGGAGGAGGCGUUCGGUCCCGCAGCCGCCAGUGCAACAACCCUGUUCCUGCGUACGGAGGUCGUGAUUGUACUGGUACAACGUUCGAUUAUCAGGUGUGUAACAUAGAGGACUGUCCCGGCCCAUAUGAGGACUUCAGAGCGCAGCAGUGCGUCCAGCGCAGCAACAAAUACCACAAUAACAUCAAACACACAUGGCUGCCAUACGAACACCCUGAUGAGGCUCAUAAGUGCGAGUUGAGCUGCCGCUCUAAAGAGACGGGUGAAGUCGUCUUCAUGAACCAGGUGAUGCAUGAUGGGACGCGCUGCAGUUACACGGAUCCGUUCAGCGUCUGCGCUCGAGGAGAGUGUUUGCUGAAGAUGUUUGAUAUUCCUGCUGGCGCUCGGCACAUUGUGAUCGAGGAGAAUGAAACGUCGCCUCAUGUAAUUGCCGUUAAAAAUCAGGUCACGGGCAGUUUCAUCCUGAACGCCAAGGGAGAAGAAAUCCCGUCCAAGACUUUCAUUGAGAACGGCCUGGAGUGGGAAUAUUCACUGGCAAACGGCAAAGAGUCGCUGAAGAGCGUCGGGCCGCUGCACGAAGGCAUCGUGGUGCUGGUCGUCCCGCAGGCCGAGGACACCAAGAUCAGUCUGAGCUACAAAUACAUCAUUCAUGAAGAUCUUCUGCCGGUCAUCACCAACAACAACGUGCUGCUGGCCGAACUGGACACGUACGAGUGGGCGCUGAAGAGCUGGUCGCAGUGCUCCAAACCCUGCGGCGGAGGUGUCCAGUACACUAAAUACGGCUGUCGGAGGAAGAGCGACGGGCGUUUGGUUCACAGGAACUUCUGCGAGAUCAGUAAAAAGCCCAAACCCAUCCGUAAACGCUGCAACACCAACAGCUGCAGCCAGCCCACGUGGGUGCUGGAGGAGUGGGGGCCGUGCAGUAAGUCCUGCGGGAAGCUGGGAUAUCAGUCUCGCGUGGUCCAGUGCAUGCAGCCGCUCCACAACGGCACCAACAGACCCGUUCACACCAAAUACUGUAGCGAGGAGCGUCCGGAGACCCGCAGAGCCUGUAACAGCAGUGCUUGCCCAUCUCAGUGGAGGACUGGAGCCUGGUCACAGUGUUCGGUGAGCUGCGGUGAAGGGAUCCGGCAGCGGCAGGUCGUCUGCUCCGGACAGUGUGACGCAAACAAACCCGAAUCCGUGUCCGUCUGCAAGCUUCCUCCCUGCACAGGAGAGCCGUCUUUACCCAGUCCCACUAAAGAUUUACUGGAGAAUUUCACCACUGAGGAGGAGAAACAACCGGAAAACGCUCUGGAUAAAGUCUCUAAUGAGCCGUGUCUGGGUGAUAAGUCCAUCUUCUGUCAGAUGGAGGUUCUGGCGCGCUACUGCUCCAUCCCGGGUUAUCAGAAGCUCUGCUGCGAGUCCUGUAACAGGAGGAUGGCUUUCAGUACUCUUUCUCCAGACGUUCAUCCUCCCUUCACUUGGCUUCCGGAUUUUACCUUCCCUCAACUACUUCAAACGAAUCCCGACCCGACACAGCAGAUGCACACUCAGACGUCUGUAUCUCCAUCUACAGCGGCUCCGCUCAGCCACACCACUAUAGCAGCUACCAAGAGACUGCGACCCACUUCCACAAGCCCUGUAAGCGAGGACGAGAGCACGUCCCAUCCAGAGUCCAUCACCUCACUUCUACCUCCAGACGGACUCCAGAACCAGAGCACCACUGUGGACUCGCCGGUCACAUGAUCACUAGCCAAUCAGACAGCAGCUACUGGUUACCUCAGAACGAACCGACGUCACCCACAAUCCUCUGCUCCGUGUGUUGAACCUGGAGAAAACCAUGAAAGGUGCUGUUCUUGAAAAGCAGUGGCUCAAUCCGUGUUGUUUUGUGUCUUUAGGACUACUAGACGCGCGCGUCUUCACUCUUUAGCGUGUGUGUUUGUGGCUGUAGCACGUCGUUAUCCGCUCAUAUAGUUUAAUAGCAGUGU